UCUAAUCCAGCGCAGUCAGAACAGACUGUUCCCGUACGACACGAAAAAGACUAAACGAACCUUACGGCUGUCGUGCUAUUUCUUUCUCUUUUAUUUAUUUUCUUUUCUAUUUCAUCUUCUCUCCAAACGCACAUUUUCCCUGGAGAAAAGCCUGUCAUCGGAAACCUCACCUCAGCCUUUGAGGUUUGCGAUUCCGAUUCCCGUUCCACCGCGCUGCUCUCAGACAUAGUAUAUGGGGAAAACCAGGUGGUUGAUAUUGGUUAUCCUUUUGUAUUUGUGUGCAUUCUCUAACGGCAGAGGGCUAAAGACCAGGCAUAAAAAUCAUCCUUACGAAUACAAUCACACUCUUGCUACAAUAUUAGUGGAAUAUGCUUCUGCGGUAUACUUGUCAGAUUUAACGGAACUUUUUACAUGGACGUGCGACAGGUGUGAUGGCUUGACCAAGGGAUUUGAGAUGAUAGAGUUAGUUGUUGAUGUGGAGCAUUGCUUACAGGCAUUUGUUGGAGUGGCCGAGGAUCCUCAUGCCAUCAUCAUUGCAUUCAGAGGAACAAAUGAACACAGCUUGCAGAAUUGGAUUGAAGAUUUAUACUGGAAGCAGCAUGAUAUAAAUUAUCCUGGCAUGGAUGAUGCAAUGGUACAUCGUGGUUUUUACACUGCAUACCACAACACAACAAUACGUCCUGCAAUUUUGGAUGCUAUAGAAAGGGCAAAGAAGUUUUAUGGAGACAUUCAAAUUAUAGUAACAGGGCAUUCAAUGGGAGGGGCAAUGGCUUCAUUUUGUGGUCUUGAUUUGACGGUAAAUAAAAAUGAAAAAAAUAUCCAAGUUAUAACAUUUGGACAACCUCGUGUUGGAAAUGCUGUUUUUGCAUCUCUCUACAGUGAACUAGUUCCAUGUACAGUCCGAGUUACAAAUGACCAUGAUAUCGUACCGCAUUUGCCUCCAUACUAUUAUUAUUUACCGCAGAAGACAUACCACCACUUCCCUAGAGAGGUAUGGCUUUAUAACAUUGGAUUAGGUAGUCUUGUAUACAGCGUGGAGAAGAUUUGUGAUGGAUCUGGCGAGGAUCCGAAUUGCAGCAGGUCGGUAGCUGGGAAUAGCAUUGCUGAUCACUUGGUCUAUUAUGGCGUUGACAUGGGAUCAGAUGAGCCUAGUUCAUGCAGAAUUGUUAUGAAUCCUUCUAUUCAGAAUGCUAGCAUCAAAGAUUCAAGAGGAAACAUAAUCUUAUACAGAGAUCCUGCUACCCCUCUCAUCAAAUUGAGUGGAGAGAGUGACAAUCAGAAAAAUCCUAUCAAUGUCGAUUGAAAUUGGCUAUGAAUAUCUCUUACAUAUGAUAGGCUCCAGAGGUUUGCCCUGGGACACUAAACUUUAGAUUUCGUAAUGGCCCACGCAGCUGAACAGUUCUAUUGAAAUUGACUAGGGCUGUAAGGAGUUUGUAUAGUCCUGGAAUCUUGUAUAUAUGCAUCCUUGUAUAUAGAAUUAGUAAUUCUUGAUACUUUGACAAUUGUAUAAUUUCACCUUCAAAUUCCACUAGUUUCAACCCUUAUUUGGGUGAUAAUUCUUUUA